GCGGGCGCCUCCCGCAGCGGCGGCGGCGGCGGCGGAGCGGGGCCAUGGCCGCGGCGGGCAGCGGCGUGGCGGCGGCGGCGGAGGCGGGGGCGGCGUUCAGCACCGCGAACAGCGGCCGGGUGAACGGGCUGAGCCGCCCGCCCGGCGCCAUCGCCAUGAAGGAUCACGACGCCAUCAAGCUGUUCGUGGGGCAGAUCCCGCGGAACCUGGAGGAGAGCGACCUCAAGCCGCUCUUCGAGGAGUUCGGCCGCAUCUACGAGCUCACCGUGCUCAAGGAUCGCUUCACCGGCAUGCACAAAGGCUGUGCCUUCCUCACCUACUGCGCCCGCGACUCGGCCCUGAAGGCGCAGAGCGCCCUGCACGAGCAGAAGACACUGCCGGGGAUGAACCGCCCCAUCCAGGUGAAGCCGGCCGACAGCGAGGGCCGAGGAGAAGACAGGAAGCUCUUUGUGGGGAUGCUGGGGAAGCAGCAGAGCGAGGAUGACGUCCGGCGCCUCUUUGAGCCCUUUGGCCAGAUUGAGGAGUGCACCAUCCUGCGAGGCCCCGACGGAGCCAGCAAAGGUUGUGCCUUUGUGAAGUACGGCAGCCACGCCGAGGCGCAGGCGGCCAUCACCAGCCUGCACGGCAGCCAGACCAUGCCGGGCGCCUCGUCCAGCCUGGUGGUGAAGUUUGCGGACACGGAUAAGGAGAGGACCCUGCGGCGGAUGCAUCAGAUGGCCGGGCAGCUGGGCAUCUUCAACCCCAUGACCAUCCAGUUCGGCGCCUACGGGGCCUACACGCAAGCGAUCAUGCAGCAGCAGGCGGCCCUGAUGGCAGCAGCGCAGGGGACCUGCCUGAACCCCAUGGCCGCCAUUGCCGCUGCCCAGAUGCAGCAGAUGGCCGCCUUCAAUGUCAGCGGGCUGGUGGCCGCCCCCCUCACCCCCUCUUCAGGUACGAGCACCCCCCCCGGCAUCAGCACGGCGCCGGUGCCCAGCAUCGCAGCGCCCAUCGGGGUGAACGGCUUCAGCCCGCUGCCACCGCAGAGCAACGGGCAGCCCGCCUCCGAGCCCAUCUACACCAACGGCAUCCACCCCUACCCAGCUCAAAGCCCCACGGUGGCGGAUCCCCUCCAGCAAGCCUACGCGGGCAUGCAGCACUAUGCAGCAGCGUAUCCCGCCGCCUAUGCGCCCAUCAGCCAAGCCUUCCCCCAGCAAGCGCCCAUCAUCCCGCAGCAGCAGCGAGAAGGUCCCGAAGGCUGUAACCUGUUUAUUUAUCACCUGCCCCAGGAGUUCGGGGACGCGGAGCUCACGCAGAUGUUCUUGCCUUUCGGCAAUGUCAUCUCUGCCAAAGUCUUUGUGGACCGUGCCACCAACCAGAGCAAGUGCUUUGGUUUCGUCAGUUUUGACAAUCCGACGAGCGCUCAGGCAGCCAUUCAGGCCAUGAACGGCUUCCAGAUCGGCAUGAAGAGGCUAAAAGUCCAGCUAAAGCGGCCAAAAGAUGCCAACAGGCCCUACUGACCCCUGCUGCGCUGCGGAGAGGUCGAGGGUCCCUCUCACGGCCCCGUCGCUGUUUUGCAGGUCGGGCGUCCCGCGGUGUCUGACGACUUUCCCCUUCCCCACGUGCAGUAUCCAACCCUGUAACUCUCUUUCUUUGCACCGCGUCCCGGAGGAGGAAGAGGAGGAGAGAGCAGUGAAGAAGAGAG